GUCGGAUUCGACGGUAACGCUAAACUGGAUAGCGUCUCCACCCAACACCUGGAAAACAUUCGUGGCGAAUCGUGUUGCUGAGAUCCAGAACUAUUCGCACCCUCGUCAAUGGAAACACAUUCCCGGUUCAUCGAAUCCCGCCGAUCUGGUGUCUCGAGGGAUGUCAGCAGCUGAAAUGCUAAAAGGAUCGAUUUGGAGCUGUGGUCCUGAAUGGUUGGCGCUAUCCCCCUCCAAAUGGCCAAUGUCAAAUCCAUCACUGACUGCUGAAACGGAUAUGGAAAUUCGUCAGACACGUACACUACAGUCAUCACAAGUUACCUCAGCAGCAUUACCGAUCACCCCUGAGGCUAUAGAAGCAGCUAAAAUCGUGCUUUGUAAACUGGCACAAGAGCACGAGUUUUCAUCAGAGAUCCAACUGCUGAAAAAGGGAGAAAUGGUACGAAAACAAUCACCUCUACGGCGAUUGAAUCCGUUUCUCGACAACGAUGGAAUAUUACGAGUAGGAGGCCGCUUGAAACUUGCACAGCUACCGUACCAGUUCAAGCAUCCCAUCCUGCUUCCCAAAAACCAUCAGCUGGCUCAUCUCAUCGCGGUGCACAUACAUGAGAAGCUGAUGCAUGGCGGGGAAGACUACUACUUUCCCGGAUACGACUUACCUUUAGUGAGGUGGUACGCUGCAAAUACCAUAGCCGGGCCCGGUAAGCCUCGCUCCCAGCAGCAGAAGCAGCAGCGCCAGCCGCAGCGACAGGGGUUCGCUGGCUCGCAGCAGCAGCAGCAGCAGCAGCGUCAGCCACAGCGACAGGUGGUCGGUGGCUCACAGCAGCAACAGCACCACAGCGUAGACAGCAGCAGCAGCCACAACAACAGAAGAGCGGUAUAUUACGCCGCAACUUCGCCAGCAGGCGCAUCAGCAGCAGCAGCGGCAGCAGCAAAAGGUUUGGCCAAGCCGGACAAGAUCGAGGUGAUCCAGAGUGCCGGACACACCUGGUACACGCUGUACCAAAAUGUUUCGGGAUAA